CUUGAUGAUCUGCUCGCGCGCUCCAUCCCAGACGCUGCCCCACAUUGUGUAGCUUUCACGACGUCGGAUAUGGCUACGCUGCCGUCAAACUGGAUGCAGAGCUUGCAGGUUGGUAUGCAGCGCAUGAUGGAUCCGGAAAAAACGAAAACCUUCCGGCCAAAGUCGAAGCUAAAGGCCGGCUCGCGGCUCGAGCGCAUACACACGCUCGCUCAGAGGACGCUCGGCACGGGCAGCCUGCGCGAAGCCGUGACUCUGCCCCCCGGGGAGAGCCUCAACGAGUGGCUCGCCGUGAAGACUCUCGACCUGUUCAACGAGACCAAUCUCGUGUACGGCUUCGUUUCCGAGUUUUGCACAACGUCCUCGUGCCCGAUCAUGUGCGCCGCGCUGCCGAACGGGUCCAUCUGCCACUACGCGUGGGCCGACGAGAGGAUCAAGCAGCCUGUGCAGCUCAGCGCGUGCGACUAUGUGAGCCACCUGUUUGGCUGGGUGCAGCGGCAGCUCGACUCGGAGGACAUCUUUCCGACCGAGCCUUCGCGGCCCUUCCCGGCCGACUUUCGCAGCAUCGUCAGCCAGAUAUUUCGCCGCCUUUUCCGCGUCUACGCGCAUGCCUAUCACAACCACUACGAGCGGAUGGUCGCGCUCUCCUUCCUGCCGCACAUCAACACAUGCUUCAAGCACUUUAUGUACUUUGUGCUCGAGUUCGACCUCAUCCCGCGCAAGGAGGAACUCGCGCCGCUGCAGCAGCUCGUAGACAAGCUGCUCUCCGCCGACGAGCGAAAGCGCAGCUGACGAGGCCGUGGGGACUGGACGUGGUCGAUGUAUUGGAUGCGAGUAGGAAACGUUGUGGGGGUGGGUGGGAGUGGUCGGUCACGUUUUCCAGGAUUCCGUGACCUCUCGUAUUGUACCCCAUCUAAGCAUCUUAUUAGGUUAUACUAUUAGUAGCUUGGUUACUAGAU